CAGGCGGCGGCGCGGGCGGCCCUAGGCGUCGCCGCCGCCGCCUCCGCCUCCAUGGCUGUUUACCCGGCUGCAUUGUGGGAGUUUGACCUCCGCCGCCGCCUGGGCCGCGCGCGCCAUGGGAGCCGUGACGGACGACGAAGUCAUACGAAAGCGUCUCCUGAUUGAUGGAGAUGGUGCCGGAGAUGAUCGGAGAAUUAAUCUACUAGUGAAAAGUUUCAUUAAGUGGUGCAAUUCUGGAUCCCAGGAAGAAGGAUAUAGCCAGUACCAACGUAUGCUGAGUACAUUGUCCCAAUGUGAAUUUUCAAUGGGCAAAACACUGCUGGUAUAUGAUAUGAAUCUCAGAGAAAUGGAAAAUUAUGAAAAAAUAUACAAGGAAAUAGAAUGUAGCAUUGCUGGAGCACAUGAAAAAAUUGCUGAGUGCAAAAAGCAAAUUCUUCAAGCAAAACGAAUACGAAAAAAUCGUCAAGAAUAUGAUGCUUUGGCAAAAGUGAUCCAGCAUCAUCCAGACAGACACGAAACAUUGAAGGAACUUGAAGCCCUGGGAAAAGAAUUAGAGCAUCUAUCACACAUUAAAGAAAGUGUUGAAGAUAAGCUGGAAUUGAGACGGAAACAAUUUCAUGUUCUUCUUAGUACCAUUCAUGAAUUACAGCAAACACUGGAGAAUGAUGAGAAGCUCUCAGAGGUAGAAGAAGCUCAAGAAACAAGCAUGGAAACAAAUUCUAAAUCAUAAUCAUUCACCAUUCCCACAAAUACUGAAGUAGUGAUAGUAAAUAAGAAUUUGUUGUGCUCUUCAGAUAGUUUUGGUCGUGAGCUACUUCAUUUUAAUUCUUAAUGCACAAUUUAUAUUUCUCUACAUAAAAAUAUGAAUUCAGUAUAGAUUUUUGUUAAUAAAUUGACUUUUUAAAUUAAAUGUUAAAAGUUAGAACCACAUUCAAAUGUUUAAUAAAAUAUUAUUCAGCCAAA